AUGUCUUCACUUCAAGUAAAGACUUUUGGAAAUACAAAUCAUCCUUUAGUGGCAGAUGAUGGUACUGUUCAAUUUGAUUAUAUUCGACCUUUAGAACAUAGUCAACAACGUGCUGACGGUCAUUUGGAAAUUACUCGACCUAUUCCUCCUCCUUUAACUGUACAACAAAUUAACAAGAAAUAUUGUGGAUAUGAUCAAUGUCGGUUUAUAUUACCUAUUGCUAUUACUGAACAAGAAUCCAAGGCUCAAUAUCAUUUUCGACAACUAGCAUUUUUAUCUGGGAAACUCAAACGAACCAUCGUAUUACCAAAUGUACAUAGUUCUCAUCUUGGAGCUUGUCGUCAACAUCCUUUUGAUUUUUAUUACGACUAUACCUGGCUCGACAAGAAUAAACAAUUCUUUAACUAUAUCACUAUGGAACAAUUUCAACAAUGGAUUCAAGAACGACAUACAGUUCAAGCAGUACCUAGUGGACAAGAAGUGUUUAUUGAAAUUGAUGAAACGUAUCCUCACUUGGCCAAGUCUACCAACUGUUUCCAACAUCUAUUUGAUUUUACUUAUAGACCUCGUCGAAGAUACCAACUUGAAGAUCCAGAAUUAGAAUCAAAACGUAUAGGUAAUUAUACUGAAAUUCUUCUCAAUGCACUUGGUGAUGAUGAAAGACGCAAGGAUUAUCAAAACAACAACAACAACAAGGAUAUCCCUGAUUUAGAAGUGAUUCAUUUGUUUUAUGAUCGACGUUUUGGAUAUAUUGAGGAACCACAAGUAGAAGAACCACUAGGAUAUCAUCAACGUUGGACAUCAUUAGCAGAUCAAAUUGCAAAACAAUUACAACCAUUUGUAGCAAUUCAUUGGCGUAUGGAACGAUUAGAACCAGUAUCGAAUAUGCAACUUUGUGCAGAAGAAUUAGUACGGAAAUUGGAUCAUAUUGAUGACAGUGGAAAGAAGAAUGUAUUUUUAUUGACAGAUUACCCUCAUCUAUUGACAUCUCCCUUGGCUAAACCUGAAUCCAUGUCGUUUAAACUGAAUGAAUUACGUCCAGAACAUCAUGAUGCCAUUAGGUAUUUGUAUGAACGAACUAAUGUGACAUUGACAACAUUACAGCGACAAGAUAUCCCUUAUGAUGAUUUACCCAAACAAAAUUGGAAUCUUAUUCCUGUAGAAGCCAUGUCAAAACCUGCGGACAAGAGUAUUCUUGGUAUUGUAGAUAAAUUGGUGGCCAUUCGAGCUCAAUGGUUCUUAUAUGGUCAACCUGGUGUAUGUGGUAAAGAUUCAAGUUUUACAAGACGGAUUCAAUAUGAACGUAUUACUGCUUAUCAACAUGGCGAUCCAAAUAUUAUGUCACCUUUUGAUACCUUUAAAUUACAUGUGUAG